AUGGCAGGCGGGCGCGGGUCAGGGGCCAGAGCGGAGCUGGCCGGGCGGACACCGGGGGAGGGGGGGGAGGCAGAGAGGGGGGGGGUGUCCUGUUACCGGGAUCAGACAGUGUCCCGCUCGCGUACUCAGGGUGUGGGUUACACUGCUGCGAACACAGGGGACACGGCGAGACACGGCGACCAGUGUGGGACGUCCCGAGAGGAGGGCCGGCCGGGGCGGCCUCAGCCUGACCCUGGACCCACGGCCCGAGGAAACCAGAGGAGGUGGAAAGAGGAUGCGAUUAGAGCCGGGAGGACGGACCAGGACGAGCCCGAUGUCUGCGUCUCAUUUGCGGCGGCGAGCGCGGUAAUCGCCGGCAGAGAUUAA